UCGAUUAUAAUAAUAAUAUUCAAUCUGAGAGAGAGAGAGAGAGAGAGAGAGAGAGAGAUUGGGUGGGAAGGAAACAUCAAACAUAUGAUGGAUCUAUGAAUGGAUUUGUGCAAUUGCAAGAUAGCCAUAGGAAACCUGGAAGAACCAAACAAAGAGAGGAGAGUCGAAAGAAGAGUUUCAGACUCAGAGGCGCAAGCGCGCACACACAUAUUUAUAUAAACAAAAGCUUCUGAUGAAAACAACACGCAGAAGCAGCAUUACAGUAAUAUUUUUGACCCACAUGCCUCCUUAACCUUCUCCUUAUCUCCCCUCCCCUCCCUUUUCUUUCUCCUCACAUGCACUCCUCUCUCUCUCUCUCUCUCUCUCUCUCUGUUGAUACAUGUAUAGUUCCAAAAACUUGGUAGUUUUUUUUUUUGAUUGACCGACCACUUCCCCACGAGAUUCUUUCAGAUCUACAGUGGAAAAAGCAAGAGGCUUAGCCGCACCUAAUUCAUCCUCUUUGGAGCAGAGUAGUCUUGAAGAGUUCUGGGAUCACAAAGGCAAGCAAGCAUACUUUAAUGACAUUCUGGUAUCAACCUACAUUAUAACAUCAAUGGUUUGCGAAAUGGAAACUGAAAAUGUAGAAGAAAUGGACAUUGAAGUUGUCUCUUCAAUGUGGCCUGAAGAUAUGAAUGAAGCUGGGAAGCAAUUCAAUAUAGAAAGGCCUGGAGCAUAUCAUCAGGAUAUGUUGGAGGAGGUUACAAUCAUUGAGGAGCCUAAAAUCGUUGAUUUUAAGCGUCUGUUAGAGCUAACUAAUUACAGUGAAAAGGGGUCUUCUCAGUUGGCAUAUCUUGUGAAAAACUGGGAGUAUAAGCAGGCAAAUGCUGUACGACUUCUCAGAGAAGAGCUUGACAGCCUUACCAAACAAAGGCUGGAAUUUGAGCUCAAGCAGUUGGAGAUUUUGGAGCAACAUCGUUUUGAGGAAGAAAGCUAUGGUGGUGAUAAACGCCCAGUUUCUAUAUUGGAUGAUGUUUAUGACAUUUGGCCUAAGGUUCCUCGGAGGAGAAAUGAUAUGGCUGUUCAAAACAAAGGACUAGAGAUAGAUGCCGAGUAUGAUACUGUUGUAUACUGGAAGCAGCGGGCCAUGCAUUUAGAGAAAUUGUUGGAGGCUAGCAUCCAGCGGGAGCAGAUACUCAUGGAGAAAAUGCAGGAGAGCAUAAAAAAUUUAGAAAAGCAGUCCUCACCAGUGGAAGAACUCUCCCAGAUUUUGAAAAGAGCCGAUAAUUUCUUACAUUUUAUUCUUCAGACUGCACCAAUUGUCAUAGGCCAUCAGGAUAAAGAGUUGCGCUACCGAUUCAUCUAUAAUCAUUUCCCAAGUUUGCAAGAGGAGGACAUUAUAGGAAAAACGGAUGUGGAGAUAUUCAGUGGUGCUGGUGUUAAGGAAUCCCAAGACUUCAAAAGAGAAGUUCUGGAACGAGGAUUACCUGCAAAGAGGGAAAUUACUUUUGAGACAGAACUAUUUGGGUCAAAGACAUUUUUGAUUUAUGUUGAACCUGUCUUCAGUAAAGCUGGAGAAACCAUUGGUGUGAAUUACAUGGGAAUGGAUGUAACUGACCAGGUAAGAAAGAGGGAAAAGAUGGCAAAACUUCGAGAGGAAAUAGCUGUACAAAAAGCCAAGGAGACAGAACUGAACAAAACCAUUCAUAUAACAGAGGAAACAAUGCGAGCAAAACAAAUGCUGGCAACAAUGUCCCAUGAGAUUCGAUCUCCACUUUCAGGAGUUGUAAGCAUGGCUGAGAUUCUCGCCACCACAAACCUUGACAAGGAGCAACGGCAGCUAUUAAAAGUCAUGUUGUCUUCAGGGGAUUUGGUCCUUCAACUUAUAAAUGACAUCCUUGACCUUUCCAAAGUGGAGUCAGGAGUUAUGAAGUUGGAAGCUACAAAAUUCAGGCCGAGAGAAGUAGUAAGGCAUGUACUCCAGACUGCUGCAGCAUCAUUGCAGAAGAUACUGACCUUAGAAGGUUAUGUAGCAGAUGAUGUCCCUGUGGAGGUUAUUGGAGAUGUUCUAAGGAUCAGACAGAUUCUCACCAACUUGGUCAGCAAUGCUAUCAAGUUUACCCAUGAAGGGAAGGUUGGGAUAAAACUGUACAUGGUAGUAGAUCCAUCCUCAAAAAUGGGAGAAGGGUCUAGUCAGAAGAUCACUGAAGACAGGUCAACAGAUUCAGCAAAUGUACGGGAACAAGACAAACAGUUAUCAUCAUCUCAUGGCUCAUCUGAUAAAAAUGGUUUUCAUGGACGAAAACACGGGGAAGGUCCUUAUGAAAAUCAUAAACUUGAUAAUGAACCAAAAAUUCCAGUUAGAAAUGGAGCUUCCAUGGAUGGAGUUGAAGAGAACUGCCCAUAUCCGCGUGAAACAACAGUGUGGCUACGAUGUGAUGUUUAUGAUACUGGAAUUGGAAUACCUGAGAAUGCUUUGCCUACACUUUUUAAGAAAUACAUGCAAGUAGGUGCAGACACAGCACGGAAGUAUGGUGGGACUGGACUAGGCCUAGCAAUCUGCAAACAACUGGUUGAGCUAAUGGGAGGUCAUCUCACUGUCUCCAGCCGUGAGCACCAUGGAUCUACUUUUACAUUUGUACUACCAUACAAGGUUUCACCUACACUUGAAAAUUCAGAUGAUCCUGAUGAACUCUCAGAUCUGUCAGAUCAUGAUGCUCUAGCGAGUGCUAAUGAUGACGAUAUUAGUUCUGGCUUUUUCCAAUUCAAACCACGCACUUUGGGUUCUCUCUUCUCUUCUAGUGGUUCAAGCAGGGGUCAAAAUUUAUUGUCAACCAAUAUUGCUUUUAAUCAGAGGCUUAAUGGAUGGACAAAAGAUUCUUAUUCAUUUCCCUCUGGCAAUAUUGCGCCAAUGGAGAUGAUGAUGUUAGAUGAUUCCUGUUCACUUGUUAAUGGUAGCAAGAUUUUGUCUGAACACGAAUCCUCAAUGAAGCACACCCCGCACUCUACUAGAGAAGUAGCAGAUGGCAGUGAGAUACAGAGUCGUCAUAAAGAAAAUGGUCAAUUCCAUAAUCUGUCUACGAUCUCCACUCAUCGAUCAACAGAAAGCAAGGAAGUCGGGCAAAUAAAACAGCCAAUUGAUACCCAAGAAGCAACUGAGAUGCAAGAGAGAUCUAAUAGAAGCUCUCAAUGCACUUCGAGCAGUGGUUCAGACAUUUCCAUGUCAACAUUGAAGCCUAGGAUCCUUCUGGUAGAUGAUAACAAGAUUAAUGUGAUGGUGGCACAGUCAAUGAUGAAACGGCUGGGCCAUAGCAUAGACGUUGUGAAUAAUGGGGUUGAAGCCGUGCAUGCUGUUCAGCGCUGUAGUUACGAUCUCAUUCUCAUGGAUGUAUGCAUGCCAGUGAUGAAUGGCCUUGAAGCUACAAGACUGAUUCGUUCUUUUGAGGAAACGGGUAAUUGGGAUGCUGCAGUGAAAGCUGGAGUUGAACAAACUAUGCCUCAGAAUUUGCAUCAAGAAUAUGACUUGUCCAGAAAGAGGACCCCCAUAAUUUCUAUGACAGCAAAUGCAUUGUCAGAGAGCGCAGAUGAGUGUUAUGCAAAUGGUAUGGAUUCAUUUAUUUCAAAACCUGUUACUUUCCAGAAGUUGAAAGAAUGCCUUGAACGAUAUAUUAAAUGAUAUUCCCUGUAAAUGUUUCUGUAAAAAUUAGAAAUGUUGCUUAGGAAAGUUUUGUGAGGGAUUAAUGUAUCUUCCUAUGCUCAGCCAGAGCCUCUUAACUUGUGUAUAUCAGUAUCAUCUUUGAUGUAUUUCUUUCUUUCUUCCCAACGACUGCUUACGCAAUUCACAGUUAAAUUGUUCUCCAUGUAAGGAUGUGAGAGAGAAUACAUAGUUUCCCCAGGAGAUGCAGUUACAAGAGGUGGCCCUUGACUGUACAUUUACCUUAAACACAACUAUUGUUAGUGUUAAGAUUAGAAUCAGAUGAAACUUGAAUUAGGGUUUAUCUCUCUUUAAGAUUUUUUUUUUUGAGUUUAACUUUUGAUAGCAUUUAUAUUUUGCAUAGGCUUUAUCCUUUGUAUUAUUUUCCCUAUAAAUAACUCUGUACAAAAGCCGUGGAAAUCAUUCAAAGCAAUACAAAAUUCACUGUUUUG